AAUAUUGUACAUGGCAUUGAAAGGUGAAUUUUGAACAUUGCACAUUGAUGCAUGCAUGGAUGCAUAUGACUCAUUUUCAAUGGAAUAAUAUAACCCGUUUGUUUGCUAAUCCAAGAAUAUACGGGAGGCCUACAUGAGGCUCACAGCACAUGAGCGCAGUCGGGGAAAUGCGUGGGCGUGGUAUGGAGUGGGCGCGCUAUGAGCAGUCAGCUGCUGGCACGCGCUCUGGGCGGCUGCCGGAUUGAAUGGUGAGCAGUGACGUGCUCCAGGAGUCCUGAUUUUAACUACUUAUCUCCUCAAUGGCUCAACACUGCCGCUCAAAACACAUCGUGCAAAGAUCGUAGUCCGCAUAGUAUAUCUUAGUCCAAACUAAUAUUUUGCACCGAUUCUAAUGACUUAUGGUGUAAUUGAUUCGUCGUGGGAGUGAAAACUGCCUGAUCCUUGGGACAUAGCCUGCUUGAAGCGGUGAACCAUGUUGUGGCUUUGGGUCGCGUAUUGGAACGCAGCGGCGCUCCUCUGCGGGGCUGCGGCACAAUAUUCAAGUGACGAGUGCAGCUGGCGAGGAAGUGGCCUGAGUCACGAGCCCCACGUGAGAGACGUGGAGCAGAUCUACCUGCGCUGUGCCCAGGGCUCCUUGACGUGGCUCUACCCUACCGGGGCCAUCAUCGUCAACCUGCGGCCCAACACUGAGCCGUCGUCCGGGGGCGCCGCCGGCCUCCACGCCUGCAUCAAGCCACGGGCGGACUCCAAGGGGGCCCAGCUGUACCUGGAGCAGGCGGGGGGCCUGAGCGUCCUGCUGGGGGAGAGGGAGCAGGCCCUGGGGGCGGUGCGCUGCUUCAGCCUGGCCCAGGGCACGCUGUUUGUGGAGGCGGUGGCCCACACGGACAUCAGCAGGAGGAUCACGGCCUUCCAGUACGAGCUGGUGCCCAGCCAGGGGCCCGGGGCCAACAUGUACCCCUACCUACACUCUGGCACAGCUUCCUGUAAACCAUGUUCAGAUGAGGAAGUCCUGAUGGCUGUGUGUACCAGUGACUUUGCGGGCAGGGGCUUCAUACGAGGCGUGGUGAGCUCCCCCCCCCCCUCCCCCACCUCGUCGUUGGGGGCCGCUGGCGACGGCCACCUCUCCGCCGCGGUGAGCCUGAGUCGUCUCUUCCACCAGAAGAGCGCCGUGUUCUCCCGGAGUGGCGCCAGGGGGAGGUUGUGGCGCGGCCAGCUCAGCGUGCCCCUGCAGUGUGGGGCUGGAGGUGCAGCUGGUGGUGGUGGUGGUGGUGGAGGGGGGGUGUAUCCUGGAGGGGACGACGAGUACCUGCUCACCGGCUCCGUUCACUUUGGGGAAGCGUGGCUGGGCUGCGCGCCGCGCUACAAGGACUUCCUGGCACGCUACCAAGCGGCGCAGGAAGCCCGUAUUAACCCGUGUCAAGUGGACCUGACCUGAGAGAGAGAGAGAGCGCAAGCGUGCGUCUGCCUGCGCUUGUGAAGUAUAACAAUGGGAAAGGCCGACACGGAGGAAAUACUUUUAUUUUUAAAGGGGGGAGGGGACCAAAAAGGGAAACCAGGAAAAAUGGGUUGUGUGGUAAACGUGGUCGUACGUUCCAUGAUCUUCAACACAGUCAUCUAUUCCAUUUCGUCACCGUCGCUAAAACAAGAGCGUCGUUUCGAGAAGACAGGAGAGAAAUGUGAUGUUUUUACCGGUCUCCGAUAACCAGUUCCUGGACGUUCUGCCCUGCUCCGAUUGUUGGCAUGGCGACAAAGCUCCCUUGGACAGACUCUUCGAUGAAAGGAGGAGGGGAGGGGGCUCCGGCGUGUGUGUGUGUGUGUGUGUGUGUGUGUGUGUGUGUGUGUGUGUGUGUGUGUGUGUGUGUGUAUGUGGCUGUUUGGAGGGCUUCGAUUUCGAUGAACGGUUUAAGCUUCUCGGAAUCGUACAUCUAGAUACUCAGGCGUUAUAACGCCACGGUGUGUGUACCGGUGUAUACCUGUGGGGGCAUACACGACGACUCUACUGAAAAGUAUCACACAGUGUCAGUGGGACGUAGCCCUGGGCAUGACCCCCCCCCCCCCCUUCCUAGAACUCUCAGCCCAAAAUACUGGGUUUUAAAUCUCAGUGUUUGAAUUCCAGUUGAAACAGUGGGUUCACUUACCAGUCAAAUGCAUUACGGAGAAGAAAUUAUUGGUGAAUUCCAGGCAGUGAUUGGCUUCAACUGAAAACCUGUUGACAACAAAUAAUAAAAGGAAUUAUACUGUCUAGGAUGUCACUAAAAUACUUUAGUGUAGUUCUUUCCUAGUACAAUUAUAAUGUUUAAAAUGUGAACUACAAAACAUUAGUAGAGUAAUAAUGGCAGAGUGAGCCAUUUGCUUAAAUUAAUGCUGUAAAUACCGUAGCUUGUAAAUAUUGUGCUCAAUAGCUCAUGCUCAUGUGAUCAUGAAAUGGUAUGCUUUGAACAAAAGCUUUUUAUACCGGUCCCUUCUUCUGACAGAAGUGUACAAUAUGCAGCUCUGUGAGUUUUAUGUGUGCAUGUGGAUUAUGGUUUGUGUGUGUGUGUGUGUGUGUGAGAGAGAGAGAGAGAUUGUGAUUGUGUAUGUAUGCAUAUACAUUUGCUGUAGACAAUAAAAACCUUUCCUGGA